CCCACCUCCACCUCUACUCUACCCAAUUGCUGGCAGCUCCCGUCCUUCUACUUGAUAACCCGAGCUUCACCCCCCAGGAACCCGACAUCAUCUUGUUCUUGUUUCCUCAACAACAACAUCUCUAUCACCGCCCCGUGUACCCCGCCUCCAUCUCAGAUCCCAUAUCUUGAAUAUCUAUCCUGAUCAAUCCUAGCUCAAACUCAUCCAUUCAUCAGUCGAAUAUCCACUACAUCACGUCGUAAGAUAUCGUGCCUUUGGAGGCACAUACAAACCACGGACAAAAUAAUUUCUCCCUCAGUGUUGCGAGGAUACUCUGCCUCCUCCCCCUCUUCGCAUCUACCUCCAGCUUCUUCACUAAACUUUCUCCACGACUGCCCUUGUUCGCGCGACAAUGGCCACCAUAUGUUUGCACACUACCCAGCAGGCGCGCUGUUAGCAUCUACUACGAAUCUAGCCAUUGAGAAAGCUCUGAGCCCGAAUAUUUGGUCUGUACAGGAUGUCGUUGCUAGGAAGAUUACUUUCCGGCGCAGGACCUUCGACUUCCGCACCGCGAGCACCCCUCGAUUCCCACCUUGAAGACCAAUUUACCUACAACCUCCUCUUUCCGGAUCCGAAUGCAUUGUGCCAUCAUGAUCAGGUCUUCCAGCUGUCUUCCGCGACAAUUCUCGCGCCUGCCGCCCUGAGGGACAUGGACCUAAAUGGGGAUAUUGAUCUGGACAUGAGAGAUGUGCGGGUAAUCAUUAUGCAGGAAGCUACACCCUCUUCUGGUUCUGCGUAUCUACUUUUCGACACUCAUGCACCUCCUCCACCGUCUCCCUCGCUAGACCGGCAGGCUUCAGGAAAUGGCCCAGCAUACCCAUCACGAACAGAGGGACGUCAUUCAUUGAAUUCCCCACGAAAGAUGAGCGUUGGGCAGAUUUCGAGACCUGUCAUUAUUCAGGAACCCACGAUACCACGAGCUUUUGGAGCCUUUGCUGGCAGGACACAACACAAUAAGAUCACGAGCAAUAAUGAGACAGCAGGGCAGCGCUCAGCUAGAGAGUACAGAGAAGAAGUCUCUUGCUUCGCAAGUUAUAUGUUCGGCAAUUCAGAUGUUAUGGCCUACAAAGGGCUUGGCACCAAAGUUCACCCUCUACCUUCAGAAUCCAGACCUCUGUUCACAUCAGGUUCAUAUGCUGGAGAUGGCUCGUUUGGGAGGUCCAGUAUGCGAAGCAGUAAACUUGCCCAGUCGUUCACGUCGGAUACAGUUCAUGGGCCGACAUCGGCUGGUUUCACAAGUCCAAGUACAGGAAGGGCUGUGGACAGGAAGAAGGUUCUCAUCACACGCAUGUUCCCGGUCCCUUUACCCAAUGAUGAGACAGAAGAAGCUACCCACAACACAACGCCUACACAGCAAAAUGUGCAAUCAAGUGGUGCCGCAGGCUACCCCUUCCCAAAGGUUGCCGCAAACGGAUCGCACUCGGACGAGUUCAGAAAGCCACAGCCGAAGCAGAAACGAACGCCGAUGUAUGCUGUUGGAGUAGUAGUAAACUGGCCCCAGUCGACAACUUUACAACCUCCUUCCGCACCAGCUUCACGAUCAAGCUUCCGUGGGUCAAGUUCUUACACCGAGCAGGAGUCCCUUCCUUCCUCAUUCAACUCAGGACGCCGUUCUGGCUGGACGGUACUUGGCCACGGCUUCGGUGUCGAGUCGAUGAAUUCCUCUUUUUCAAGCGAACCCGAGGAUCGAAUCGAGAACAUUACCCAGCACUGGGAUAUCAUCAUGCGGACCAUGUCUCACCUACAAGCCGUUGCAAUCGCUUCGCUACUGCCGAUGCUCAAGCACGCAGAUAUCAGCUCACCGGAUCCCCGCCGGGAAUCUCACUCUCGUGCCCCCUCUGCCAGUAUAUCUAUAUCAGGCAAACGGGUUCAAGAAGACAUCAAACCUUUCAAAAUUCCAAAGACGAAUGCAAAGAUGGUUCAACUGACAGCAAAUUGCCUUUCACAGGUGCAAAGAAUUCACAAAGAGGUUGACGCAGCUCGCCAAAGAAUUGUCACGGGUCUCAAAGCACACCAAGUUGUUACUGGACAAGGAAGAUGGGGCAUCUGGCGAGAAGAAGCAAGACUCGUUGGAAAAUGGGCGGGGGGCAAGGAUGAAGGGUUCUUCUUUUUCAAUCUGCUCACUGGGUUUCUCGGCAAUCACACCGAGUGGCUUCAGGCACUUGGACCUAGCUGGUACCGUCGUCGCCAUCUUGAGCAACAGAGAGCCAACAAAGAUGAUGAUAUCUCGCUUCCGGCGCGGACUAUCAUUAUUUCCGAUAAUAAACUAAUGGCUCGACGCUUAAUCUUCUUGUUGUCUGCUUUCCUACCUGUGAACCAGCAACUGAUACCAGCUAGGAUGCACCGGCCGAGCAUCUCGACCUCCUUUGGGGCUUACUCACAAUCCCCGCCAAAUGUACCCAUUCUGAGAGAAGAGUCUCUUCGUCGUCGGAUCAAUAAGAGAGGAAGUGUGACUAGAGGAUCCCAUGCACGCACCUCAAGCUUUCCAAACCCCCCCCUCCUGGGUCUGGACCCUGAGAUUCAUCAUGAUCGCCGAACUUCGGAUGCCACGUCCAUCAAAACGGCAAACCUUCCCAUCCCUGGUAGUGACCUCAAUACCAGAAAGAGCAGUGCCGCAACCACAUCUACAGCAACUCCAGUCACGACGAGGCCUUACUUUUCUACCAGGCGACCAAUCAGAGGAACAGGUCCUGUUCCACGACCAGGGAGCAGCGGUAGCCUUGCAACUGAUGAUUUGCUGCGCUCUUUGAAGAGAGGAGACAGCACCGGGCAUUACAGCACAGCUAGUACUGACUCCCAAGGACAAAAUUCACGAUGGGGUAGCAUGAUCAGUGGAUUUUGGGGUUCUAAGAGACGAGACUCGACGGCAUCCACCAGUAUCGAGCCACAACCUAUGGAAGACCUCGAAAUUCGCGAUUCACCAUAUAAGAGCGGUUCACCUUCGAGAAAGGGGAAGCUGGCGGAGAUGGUUGACGAGGUUACCCAAACUCCUAUCCAGAAGACGAAGGACCAACAGGAGCGUGAGAUGAGAAAGUCUGAAUCUGGAAGUGCAUCAACUGCCAGACCGGAAGACGAACAAGGUGAAGAGACCUCGGAGCAGACUAUUCAAGUCGCGGAACGAAUACCAGAUCCUUCUGGUGCUUUUGAGUCACCAGUGAAGACGUCAAUCAACGAAGUUGACGGUGUUAUCGAUAUCGAUGUCCCUCUACCGGAUUUUCUAUCAUUCGAGACGGCUGUGAGUUCACCGUCGAGCAGCGGGUACCUGUCAACUCCUUGUCUUGGCAAUGGUAUGGACAGUUUUGAGAAUUACUCUCGUUCCGGCCCGGAUAUUGAGACCACAAUGAACGUCGGGGGAUGGCUUCCACGCUAUCAUCCGGAUUUUGCUCUUCAAGCCAUUCCAGUACAGAGUGAUAUUUUGGAAGAAGUUAAGGUGUCCAUGCGGGCUGAGCCGACACCUCUUCUUGCGUUCAACACACCUCUACCUGAAGGGGCUCGUCCCAGUAGGUGGGUUGAAAUCAGCAGUGCUGUAAUCGCGGACACGACCAGUUUCACCAUUAAGCACAUUCGAUAUAGACGACUCAUAACACGGAAAGAGGUUCUGUUGGCGACGCCCAGCAUUCCUCACUCGCUCGAUUCUCGCUACGGCAAUGUCUACGCCCCAGCCCAAGUCGCUCCCUCGACAGGUGUCUAUGACGGUUAUGUUGAAGAGCAAUUCAUCGAAGAGCCAAUUAUCUCAAUGGAUGAGACUCUCAUCGAAGCAGUUGAGCGGAUAAUCGCGCAAUCGGGCCCAGAGUCAAAGACUUCGUCUACGUGCUCUUCGCGAUCCGCCUCGCGUGCAAGAGGUAGCCGGGAGCGGCCCAACUCUCAGAACAAAAUCCCAGCAAUUUCAGAACAUAAAAUCGAGGUGCCGAGAAAUGAGUGCAAGAGGCUAGUGCUGAGUGCGCUGGAAGAGAUAGUCAGAGAGGUUGCGGAGAGCCGGCGCGAGAGAGGCGAUGCUGAAGUGGACAUGGAGCGGGAGAGUUUCUUGAGAGAAGGAGUGAGGAGUUGGUUGUCAAAUGUUGAAACUGGCGAGCCCUCUCACAUCAAUUAGGGAGCAGGUGCCGGAUCGAACCGGGGAACAUAUUUCUUUCUUCUGCUGUAGCAUGCCAUGGCCUUUUUAGACGACGAUACUCAUGUGAAGCGAUUGCGAUUUUCACCCAGAGCAUGUUUUGGCUCAUGUAUCAACAAUAGAGGGAAAAAGAACCGCAGAGUCUUGCUUUAAGCUCCGGCGCGUAAAGAGUCUUGUAUUUCUUUCCCACGUUUCUAGAAUUUAGCGAGGUCGUUGUGGUGUCUGGGAUCAUGGUUAGUGUUUUUAGCGUUUGCUUUUUUCGGCCUAAAAUUCAUGCACAAAUAGCUGGAGCUGAUAUGGUGUAUAUAAUGUGAUAAUAUGAUAUGAUAUACUAAUGUGCUCGAUAUUACUAAGUGUGCUAGUUAGAUAGAAUUGAGAUCA